AUAUAAGUAUAUAUAUCAGAAGCAGUUUAAAGAGAAGGAUUAAAAUAUUUUACUUAUGGUGUAACUGGAUAAGAUAAAGAUGGUAAAUUCGAAGUAUAUAGAAGAUAUUCGGAUUUUUAUCAUUUUAGACAAUUAUUGGUUUCAUUAUGGCCAGGUUGUUUUAUUCCACCUUUACCUUCCAAAAAAGUAAUUGGAAAUAAAGAAACAAGAUUUUUAGAAGAUAGAAGAAAAUUUUUAUAAUAUUUUAUGGUUAAGCUUUCAAAUCUUCCUUAUUUAUGGUAUAGUGAAGAAAUUAAAUAGUUUAUUAGAAAUAAUAACAAUUAAGAUUUUGAAAAAAUAAUCACAAAUAUGCCAAAAUAAUCAAACGAUGAUAUUAUAAAUAAAUAUAAAACUACAUUUAGCUAUUUAUCAGGAAAAGAAAUUAAUGGUGAAUUAAAUAUGAAGAUUUUAACAUUUAAAAAUUUUUUAAAAGUCGCUGUAUCAAAUUUAAAAAAAAUGAAAUGUUUUUGUAGAUAACUUUCUCUUUCAAAAGAAAAAUUCGAUUAAUAAUUUAAUUUAGUUUCUACGAAAAUAUUACCUGAAUAUGAGAUGUAAUCCAUAUUAGAAUAUGCCUAAAAAAAUGAAAAUUAUUUAAUUUUUAAUAAUAAUUAAAUACUUAGUAAUAAUCUAAUAGAAAUUCAAGAUUAAUCAAAAUAAAAUGAAUUCGAAAUAAUAACAGAUAUGAUAAGAAUGGAGUUAAAAGAAGUAGAAGCUUUUUUGGAAAUUUUGUAAUAAAAAGAAGAUCUUGAAGAAAAGAAAAACAAAUCUUAAAUUAAAGUUAAAUCUGAAUAAGCUGAAUAAUCCAAACUUUAAGCAGGAAAAACUACAUUUAAAUCAUUAUUUAGUACAGGAUCUAAAGAAGAUAAAGUACAAAAACUAGAGAAAUCUAUUGAAGAGACAUAACAUGAAUUAGACAAUUAUAGUUUACUUGUAGAUUUAGUCACUAUUAUUAUUGGAUAUAUAUUAUAAUGUUUUAAAUAUAGUUUCUGA